GCACUUUCUUACUCAGUUCUCUUUUGUUUUAAUAUAAUACCCAGCUCAGUAUACUUGCUUUGUGUUUAUUCUAACAAUAAUACGUUCAGUGUUAGGGCAAAGUUCUGAUAUAGAGUAUGAAGAUCGAACUAGCUCACGGUAAAACAGGGAAGACGUUGUUAACAGUCGAUGUGACAAAAGAAGACUCAAUCCUGGAUGUCAAGAAGAAGCACAUUAAAGAAAAAACACACCUGUACCCCUCGAGAAUCUGCUACAAACUCUCACUGAAAGAUAAAGCUCUGACAGAUGACGUUAAGAUUGGUGACAUAGAAACUUUAACCGACGGAUCUGUUCUCUACUUCAAAGAUUUAGGACCGCAGAUUGGGUGGGCCACGGUAUUUAUAGCAGAAUACACAGGACCAAUAUUCGCAUACCUGAUAUUCUACUUCAGUAGAAAUUGUAGCUGGAUUUACCCGGACAGCGAGGGAGCCCCUCACAACACAGUACAAAAUUUGGCAUGUGCGUGUUACGUUGGACACUACAUUAAGAGAGUACUUGAGACGAUAUUUAUCCACCGGUUCAGUAAGGGCACUAUGCCCAUUGGAAACCUGUUUAAAAACUGUACCUAUUACUGGGGUUUCUCUUCACUUAUAUCCUAUUUCAUCAACCAUCCUCUCUACACUGUGCCAAGUACUGAAACACAAGUGUACGUAGGACUGUCAAUAUACUUCUUUGGAGAACUCGGUAACCUGUCCACUCACUUGGCAUUCAAGAACAUGCGCCCGGCUGGAAGCAAGGUCCGAGUUAUCCCCAAGCCGAAUGGAAACCCAUUUUGUGCUUUGUUUAACCUAGUAUCCUGCCCUAAUUAUACUUAUGAGGUUCUAAGUUGGGUCGGAUAUGCUGUGAUGACUCAAACCUUCUUCUCUGGUUUAUUCGCACUGGUGGGUGGCGCUCAAAUGUUGCAGUGGGCCCUUGGAAAACACCGCAACUACAAGAAAGAGUUCAAAGAUUAUCCCAAGAACAGAAAAGCUAUGAUUCCAUUCAUUAUGUGAAAAACUUGCAGAUGUAUGUUGGAUAACUGUGACUAGGAUAGUCUGAAAAUAUUAUCCGGCGUUUUGAUUUUUACUUUGUCAUCCUUUAGUUUAAAUCUUUAUUUGUGCGUAAAUCGCUGAGCGAUUGCAGCAUGUAAUGUGAUCCUUUUACGUUUACAUAAGGGCGGCAAAGUUUAUAUAUAUAUAUAUAUAUAAAUACUUUAAGGAGCGGUAUAUCUUGUGUUUUGUUAUUUUUCUUGAUUUGUUAAUUGUGUUUCAGAUGAAAUUAGAGUAAAGCAUUUUUUAUUGUCAUAGUUAAAUAGACUCUGUUCUGGUUAACUGGCAAGGAUCAAAAUUGUUCAUCUGGUGAUUCAAUC